AUGCAACAUCAAUAUGUUCCGUUGAAAAGUAUUCAAGUCAGUGGUCACAUACAAUCGUUUGCUGCUGAUGUUAUAAUAAAACAAACAUUUAAAAAUGAAGAACAAAAUCCGAUUGAAGCUGUUUAUUGUUUCCCUAUUGAAGAAAGUGCAUCGAUUUAUUCAUUCAAAGCACGUUUGGAUGAUGGACGAGAAAUUGUAGCUGAAUUAAAAGAGAAGAAAGAAGCGCAACGCUCGUAUGUUCAAGCAUUAAGGCAAGGACAUGGUGCUUUCCUGUUGGAACAAAAUGAAAAAUCAAAUGAUGUAUUUACAAUUAGCAUUGGUGCUCUACAGCCAAACGCUGCAUGCGAAAUUGAAAUUAGUUACGUCCAAGAGCUCGAACUAUUUAAUGGUGAUCAAAUCCAGUUUGUUAUUCCCACUACCAUUGCACCACGUUACAGUUCGGAUUCAGGUGGUAUUUCAUCACCAGCCGGCACCACUUCAAGAUACGUUCAGCGUGCACCGUACACCAUUGAAUUUAAUUGCAAAAUUGAUCAAAACGAACAAAAUCGAGUGAAGCAAGUAUCAUCUCCAUCGCAUCCCAUUUCUGUGUCGACCGCAUUGGAAGUGAAACUCAGUCAGACCAAUGUCCAUUUGGAUCGUGAUAUCAUUUUGCAAAUUCAGAUUGAAAAGCAGACCAGCACAUUUGCAUUUGUUGAACAGCAGGCCGUUAUGAUUUCGUUCGUGCCGACGGUGGAACUUUGUGGUGGAGGUGGUGAUAACGUGGUAAACAACGAGUAUUUGUUUAUUAUCGACUGCAGCGGAUCAAUGGACGGAGAGAAUAAAAUUGGGCUAGCUCGUGAAGCAAUGAUCGUCUUUUUGAAAUCAUUGCCAGUUGGUUCUCACUUCAACAUCAUUCGAUUUGGUUCAACGUAUGAAAAACUGUUUGGUGAUCUCUCAGUUGAAUAUAAUGAACAUAAUGCCAAAAAAGCGUCGAAGUACAUCGAAAAAAUGAAAGCUGAUCUUGGUGGGACUGAACUAUAUGUGCCAUUGCAAUAUGUUUAUGACCAAAAACCACAAUCAAAUUAUUCACGUCAAAUAUUUCUUCUGACAGAUGGUGAAAUCGAGAAUGUCAGCGAGGUGUUGGGAUUAUGCAGGAAAAUGUCAUUAACCACGCGAAUAUUCUCGUUUGGCUUGGGAUCAGCUCCAAGUCGAUCACUAGUCAAGGGCUUGGCAAAAGCCACCAAUGGAUCAGCCCUGUUCAUUCCCCCGAAAACACAUGUUGAUUUAGCCGUGGCGAAACGAAUGGAAAAGGUUCUCGAGCCAUGUUUGGUAAACACCAAGAUAAAAUGUCAUUUAGAUUCUUUGAAAGAGAAUGAUUUUCAAAUUUCGCCGAAACAACUACCACCGAUUUAUGCAAAUGAUCGUUUGAACUUGUUUUUAUUAAUGAAACAGCCGAUGACAAAGCCAUUAAAUGGAGCAUUCGAGUUCUAUUCAGAUAAAGAUGCUUUAAUUGAACGUAUUACAUUCACUAAUGUUCAACCGUCACCUGACUCAAUGACAGUCACACGUCUCGCUGCCAAAUCUUACAUAAAUGAUUAUAAUCAUUCAAAUGGCGAGCUGAAAUCACUGCAAAAGGAUAAUACACAAAUUGUGAUUGAUAUUUCAUUGAAAUAUUCUGUUUUAUCACCUUUUACCGGAUUUGUUGCUGUCGAACAUCGAACAGGAGCAACAGCAGCAGAAGAUAACAGUAAUAUGGUUCUACGUGAAGUACCAAUUGAAAUAAGUGCCGAUGGCGGUGAUCAAGAUGCUGAUUUUAACGAGGAUGAGGAGUGCGAAGACGACGAUGAGGAGUGCUUAGAGGAUUAUGAGAAUAAGAGAUUUGAAUUACAGUGUAGUUUUAAAGCUUCAAUGCAGGCUACUUGCUGUGACGGUAGUAGCGAAGAAGAAGAGAAAGAAGAAGCAGAAGCAGAAAGGAUGUUGAAGAACGAGUGUUCUUAUUCCCCAGCAAAGCGCGAUAACAAAUGCUCCAUGAAACGUCGACAACGAUCUAGAACUCGAUCUCGUUCUCGAUCUCCCGUAUCGUCACACGCUAUAACUGUCCGUCAGUUGAUUCAGCUACAAGAUUUCAGUGGUCUUUGGUCGUCAGUGACAAUUGAAGAUAUCACAAAAAGAUAUUUCGUACAAAUAGUAAUGGAUCGAACAAAACUUGAACAGUUGAUGACAGAUACCAUGAGUAAAGAUAAUGGAAUCGAUCAAACACAUUUAACGUCACUAGUUAUUGUUUUGAUAUUGAAAAAAUAUUUUCAACUGGAUGAACAAUUAUGGAAGCCGAUUGUGAAGAAAACAGAAAAAUACCUGAAAAAACAUUUAGCUGGUGGAAAUGAAAAGUAUGAACAGCUGGUGGAGGAAGUGAAUAAAGUUUUAUAG